GCCCGGCCGCCCCCGGCUGCGCCCCGGCCCCGCGCCCUGUCCCCUGGCCGCACCUGCCCUCGCUGCCGCGCAGAACCCCGGCUCUUCUCCGCGCCCUGCCAGCCUGGGGCCUGGCCUUCCUCCCAGCAUCUUCAGCCGGGGCUUCAGCCGCCCGCCAGCUGCCCCUCCCAUUACUGGUGGUGGGUGGGUUCCUGCUCUAGGCAAGAUUCUCAUGGAAAGCUGCUGUUGAGGAGAGAUCCAUUGGUUGAGAUGUAAUAAAAAAAAAAGAAUGAAUCAAGAUAGAACCUCUAAAUGCAAGUACCAGAAAAAUUACAACACAUCUCAGUGAAUUUGCAAGUGUCCUGAAUGGAACUGAAACGAAAGAAGGUUCAUCUUUCCUUGUGAGUUGGUAGGCAGUCAUAGGACUGCAAAAUGGGUCUCCGGAUUCACUUUGUUGUUGACCCACAUGGUUGGUGCUGCAUGAGUUUGAUUGUCUUUGUUUGGUUAUACAACUUUGUUUUAAUUCCCAAAAUUGUCCUCUUUCCUCACUAUGAAGAAGGACAUAUUCCAGGCAUAUUAAUAAUAAUAUUCUAUGGCAUUGCCAUAUUUUGUCUGGUUGCCUUAGUGAGGGCCUCAAUAACUGAUCCAGGAAGACUCCCUGAGAACCCAAAGAUCCCACAUGGAGAAAGGGAGUUCUGGGAAUUGUGUAACAAGUGUAAUUUGAUGAGACCGAAGCGUUCCCAUCACUGCAGCCGCUGCGGCCACUGUGUUAGGAGAAUGGAUCAUCACUGUCCAUGGAUUAACAAUUGUGUUGGUGAAGAUAAUCAUUGGCUUUUUCUGCAGUUGUGUUUCUACACUGAACUUCUUACUUGCUACGCACUGAUGUUUUCUUUCUGCCACUAUUAUUACUUUCUUCCACUAAAAAAGCGUAACUUGGACCUCUUUGUUGUCAGACAUGAAUUGGCCAUAAUGAGACUAGCAGCCUUUAUGGGCAUUACAAUGUUAGUUGGAAUAACUGGACUCUUUUAUACUCAACUAAUUGGCAUCAUCACAGAUACAACAUCUAUUGAAAAGAUGUCAAACUGUUGUGAAGAAAUAUCGAGGCCCCGAAAGCCAUGGCAGCAGACCUUCUCAGAAGUUUUUGGCACUCGUUGGAAGAUCCUGUGGUUUAUUCCUUUCAGGCAGAGGCAACCACUGCGAGUUCCCUACCACUUUGCCAAUCACGUCUAAACAGAUGGAUGGUGGGCACAGAUGGGUCCUCCAUGCUGGAAAUGCGUUACAGGUUUUCUGAUAAUAGAACUAUGACAGUCUUCAAGUCAAUUAAAAUCCACCCACCAAUCUUAGGCAUCAUAAUAUGCCCCAGGCUUUAUUUUAAUAGUGAUCUUGAUCCUGUUGUGGGACUAAUACAUGAUCUAUAUUUAAGUUUUAAAGCAUGUUUACUUUCAAAUUAGCUUUCCACAGGGAUUUCUUUAAAUGCUUUUGCUAUUAAACUCAAAAGGCAGUGAUUGGGAUGAAAUAAUUGUACAUAAUUUCUUUUAGUACUGACAGUAUUAUCGAUUUUAAUUUAUGGGAAACUUCAGAUGUUUAUUAAAAUUUUUCACUCUUAAGCAGUACUAACCAAAUCUGAAUUUAAUUCUUUAGGUUUUACAAAUGUUGACCUUAUAUUAUGUGUAAAUUUUCUUUUUCAGAUACAAUUUAAAAUACGUUAUACUUCCUUUUAUAUGUGCUGCAAGAUUUUUUAAAAUGCAGCAUAUAGGACUGAACAACAACAAAAAACCAAAAACAGCAACAAAAAAGGACAGUGUUUUCUUAGAAGUAACUUUCUAAUGUUUUUUUUUUCUCUCCACCAAAAACAAAAUAACAAUACCACUAAAGUAAAACACCAACUACGUACCUUAUUUUAAAGGAAAGAUUAAUUUUUUCCCCAUUAACUAUCCCAUUUCUUUCCCCUAUACUGUUGUAAUUAUUGGUUUCUGUUAAAAUAUUUGCUCCAAGGAGAAAUUUUUGACCACGCAGGCAUGUGUUCCUAUUUUACCCUAAGAUUUUGAUGAGCAGAAAGGGUAAAAAAUUUGCAGUAAUUCCACUGAUACCUUUUUUAGUGUAGUUAUGUUAGAAUGCAUAUGUUUUUAAAGUGCUAGUAUAACUAAUGUAUAAUGUAUAGUAUAAAGAGGAAUAUUGUGCUUUUGAAAAAAUAUGUAUACUUUUUACUUUUGUUUACCUACUAGUAGAUCUAAAAUUACACCUUGAAGGUUUUUAUAAAAUAGAUAUUGGUCAACUAAUAUUGAAAUUUUAUUUGUAGGAAGUUACUAGUAAAAGUAAGUAACUUUUGUGUACCUGUAAUCACCCAAAUUGAAAUUAAAUUUUAAUCGGCCAACUGUAAUCUGGAUUGAGAGACGUUUUGUUAGUAACUAAUGUUAGGAAAUGACCUUAAAAUAAGAAAAUAUAAUUAUCUAUGUUCAUUAUUAGCCUUAAAGAAAUUUAAAUUGCUAAUUGUGAUGGUCUGUUGGAAAGCAUAGAACAUUUGUGUGAAAAAAAUAUUUAGCAUGCUUUGAAAAAAAUUCAGUUUAAAUUUUUUUUCCAUUAGAAUACUGCAGAAUCCAUGUAUCUUUUUAAAAAAUUUUAUGUACUCAGUCUUUCCCUUGAAGAGAAGAUUGAAGGGAUGUCUAGUAUUCUUGGAGCGUAUCAAUAUUUUCUUUUUAGUUAGUUUUGAUAGUAAGGAGUCAUACUUGAGAAAUCAUGAAACAGAAGGUUACCAUUGUCAACUAGUUAACUAUACUGUGGUUAGUUUUUAGAGAUUGUAAAUAUCCUCUAAAAUAAUAGAAUAAGGUCUUCUCAGAAAUAUAAGUAUCAUGUCCUUCAUGUUCUGAUUACAAUACUUUAUUGUUUAAAAACUUAGUGGCAGAUGAAAAUAUUUAUUGGUGCUGAUAAGAUGCAUAGUAAAUUUAAUAUAAAAAUAUAUUUAUAGAGUUUAAUGAACUACAAAAUUAGUACAUAUAUGGGCAAAUGGUUUGGGUUUUGUGCAAGCUAAUAUACUGACCAAAUUUAGCCUGGUGACUGAACUGGUAUAAGGAGUAAUGUAUAGACAUUAUAGAUAGAUGUCAGUUGAAUGCCUUAUGCUGUAUACAUUCCUUUCAAAUGGGGACCUUGAGAAAAUAGCAAAGCCAAGUGAAGACCCCAUAAAGAGCUUUAUGGAUGUAUAUAUACUUCAUAUGGUAGCAGUAGCUACCUUGAAAGGUAGCAGGGAGGUACUCAGUGAGAACCAGAGGUGGUGUCUUUCCCACUGAUAAGGAUUUCUGGGUUUCGUUUUCUUAGAAUUCCCACUUCUAGGACACAUUUUCUUCUCACCUUUCUUUUUACCUUCCCUAAUGCUGAUCCCUCUGUACCUGAUUCCUCUAAGUUACUGGAAUACAAACUAAUAUAUUAGGCAAGGCAUAUAUUUAUUUUUCUUUGAAUGGCAGAAAUGCUGCAUAUCAGUAUAUUUAUAUGAGAAUCUAUUUAAAGUGUAUCUAUAUAUAUUUAUGCUGUAACUGUCAGUAUUUCCAGGUUAGCAUACCUGUCUGGGUUUUAUGAUUCUUGUUAGACAACUUGAGAGAAACCACCUGGCACUUUCCUAGGGAGUGCAUAAACUGUAGUGUGCUCUCUGCGCCCUCUUUUGGCUAAUUGAUGUAAUUAUAUUGGCUCUAGAGAUUUAUUGUCCCACAGGUGAAUUGUAUAGCCAAAUUCUGAACAUUUCAGAGGUACAAACUUGAGAAAUAUAUGUACAAAAAUGUAAGGUUUUAUGAAAAUAUAUGUGUUCCUAUUUAUGAUUUCGAUGUCUAGUUCAUACAAAUAUGACUACUUUGCUUCAUACGUACGUUCAUAUUAUAUUUUUUACUGUCCAACAAAUUUAUAUCAGAUCAGGGUAAACAAAUAUAAACCUUUUCAUGAAUUUUAUUUUGAACCUUAUUUUAGGAAAUUAAAUCCUUAUAAUUAAGAAAGCCGUCACCUUAAAAUUACCAAUUUAUUACGAAACAGAUUUAUUGUAGUUCCAAUGGCAAGCGAGCGUCUAAUGUGUUUUACUGAAUAUCUAAAAAAAUACAUUUAGUUUUUUAAUCCUAGUUUUGGAAUGAUUUAUGUUUACUAAUUCAAUUGCAUUCAAAUAGUAAGAGAUUAAUAGUUCUUUCUACACUUUUCUUCAUUCUUUUAAACUUUCCUAAUGUGAGUCAGAGCUAUAGCUUUAGUAGCCAGUUACAUCUUCUGGAUAACCAUGAAAAUAAUUAAUGGUGUUGAGCAUUAGAAGACAAUUAUGAGCGUUGAGAUUGCUGAUGUAAUCUAUAUUUUGGAUGAAGUAUUUCUUUAUAAACAUUCCAUUUCAAGUGAAAUGUAUGUUAAAGGUUGUUUUAGGUCAGCAAAGUCAUUAAUUGGGCUUCUGGAAAGGAAAGAUUUUUAAGUAGUUGUCAUAAGUUACACCUCUUGAACAAUUAUGUUUGUUGCUAUUUUCUGCAAACAAAAAAGUUUACGGGCUCAAGAUUGUAGGCAAAAAUUGACUGAGUUCAGAAUUUUGAAAAUAUUGUUAGCUGAUAUUCCAUUGUAAGAAAAAUACUGUUUUGCUAAAGAGUUGUAUUAAAAAUAUUUGUGGUUAACAUAAGAGAUAGGUAUGCUUAAAAUAUUAAUAUAUUAAUCUCUUUGAACAGAAGAAAGCACAAUUUACUUUUAAGUAGUAGAAAUAGAGAACAUAAGCAUAAAGUUUAGUGUAAUAACUAAGUUAAAACUUCUGUGAGAAUGAACAUCGGUGAGCGUUUGCUAAUGCUUAAAGGUAUUUUUCUCUAAGGAUGGUGGCUAAUUAUUCAUCAGGCUUUUUCAGGUCACUUCCCUACAGAUUAUUAGUUGAAGGUGUGUUUCACCCAAAAGGGUGUGUUAAUGCUAACCAUGAAGACUUGAGUUAGGACAACACCCCCACCCAGGAAGUAGGAAGUAAUUUUCAUUAUAACCACAUACCUUUCUGUUUGUUAGAUAAUGGAGUAGUCUGAAUGUUCUCACAUUUGUCACUGUAAAAUCACAGCGUAUCCAGCUCUAGUUUACAGUGGCAUUAAUAUUAACAGAGCUGCUAGUCUUUCCCUGGACUUCUCUCUAGUGUCUGCUUCCCUUGUGCUUCAUGUAUGAAUAGACAACUUAGCUCACGUUUACUAAACUAUUGCUGCUUCAUUAAAUAAGUUUUUGACAUGACCUCUAUAUAUGUAGAUAUAUCUAGAAUUUAUUUGGUACAGUUUACACUUACAAACAUUAAUAAUUUAUUAAUAGAUAUGUAGUAUUAGAUUUGUUACCCAGUCUACUGCUGUUGCUUUCAAAAAUAUAAGAAUUGGCAACUGUAGUAAAGUCUGUACAUUUAGUAUGUUCUACUUGCUAGUAUUAGUAACCGUGUAAUUAACAAAUGAAUGAGUGUCUUUUUUAAUGUCCAUAUUUGUUACUUUCGAUCCUAAGAAUCCUCUGAAUUUCUCUGUAAAUCACAAAUUUCAUUAUGCUCUGAAUUAGCCAUUCUCAGUUGAAUUCUAGAAUAUUUGUCAGUAGAAUCUGAAAAAGUAACAGAACCAACUUGCUUAAAGUAUUUUGAACCAAUGUGGUUCUUCUGUAUAUCAAUCAAUAUUUAGCAUUUCUUUUCGAUUUAGGAUGAUGAUGGUUUCACUUCAGGAGGUGUUUUCUCUGAUGUCUCCUUUCAUUAUCAUUGUGCAGUUUUUAACAACAGAAUUUACUACAUUUUUGUCUGUUCUUCAGAUGUAAUACUGCCUGCUGUGCUAAUUUGAAACAGAAAUAAUAAUGGUAUUUAUUCUUAUGUCACUGGUAUUUUCGGCAUUUUCCAUUAUCCCUAUAUUUUUUUUCUAUUGUUAUUUCCUUUUCCCCUUGUCUACCAUAGAGGACAGGUGCAAAUGAGUAGUGAGUAGCCAAAACUGGAUAAAGAGAGUAGGGGAACUUAUUAAGAUGGAGAGAAGGCUAGAUGGAACAUCUAUAAUCAGCAUCUCAGCAGCAGGGUUUAUAGAAUCUGUGGCAUCAGAGAAUUCUCCUACAAUCAUUUUAGCCUUAUCUCUUGUUGAUACGGUUUUACUGUAAGAGUUGUUAAUGCAUGUAAGCAUUUAGUUUGAGUUAUUUUAUCUAAGGAGUUUAUAUUGCUGAUUCUUGUCAGCUAGUCAGAUGCCUUUAAGAAAUUAUUUUGAAUUUUAAGUAUCAUAAUUGUAUAGUGUAUGCCAACAUGAAGUGUCAAGAAUCAUGUGAAAGUACAGCUAUUUAAUGCCAAGUAGAAAUGAAUAGGUUGCCCAAAGUUUGAUUGAAAAAACUGGGACCUUUUUAUGUCUCCUAUUGCAGAGAAAGGAUAUUAAGUAUUGUAGUAAAAUUUGUCAACAGAGGGAGAAUCAACAGUUCGUACAUGAAGGGUGAUUUUCACUUUAAAAUUUGGACUGUUUCAGAGUCUUUGAUAUCUUGAGGGUCUCCAUAGCUGUUGGUUUUGUGAAUCCCUUUAACAUGUGCUGUGGUGCUUACCACAGUUGUUCAGCACUCCGAGCUUUUUUGUAUUGAUAGCUUUAUAUAUAAACAGAGAUGUGGACAAAACAGUAGCAACAAAAGGUGUCUCUUUUUGUGGCUUUUGCGUGUCUGUUGACUAAAUACAGGGUUUAAUUGCGUAGGCUGUUAACUAAAGGGAAAGCUUGUUUACCUAUUGCAAGCUCUAUGUUCUUGCCAGUGUGUGUUGGGUGAUAUUUGAACUACUGGUGCCUGAAGUUAGUGUUCUACAACCUCAACAACUAAAACAUCCUGGUGCUACUCACUUUAGCAUUGAGUGACAUUUUUAAUUCCUGUACCAAAGAGUUAAUUUUCUUUUUGGUUCACUGAGAGUUUUCUUCUCACAUCCUUGUGUUUAUAAAGUAGAAUUUAAUGUUACUAAGAAGAGUUUUGAUUAAUAGAUCUUAGUUUUUGCACACUGCUGCCUCAAUUUAAUUGGCUUUAAAUGUCUCAUUUGGACUACUUUUUUUUUAGUUAGGAAUAUUAGUAUGGUCUUUAAUUUUGUAUUUUCGUAUAGAUUGGCUACUUUAAAAAGUAGUUUAAUAGGUUGAACUUACAAAAGAUAAUUGAAACACUUUACACAAGAUUGUUUUGUUUUAUUCCACAGGAAUAAAUAAGAAAUCUACUUUUAUUUCUACAGAUGAAUUGUAUAGCUUGUUGGACCCUUUUAAUAAAUGCUAAAGCAAAAUGCUAAAAGGAUAAGUUAAGGGCCCAUUCUGAUUACAGAUGAAGAAUUCUGCAUCUGUGUGUGUGUGUGUGUGUGUGUGUGUGUGUGUAAUGCUUACUGGUAUUAAAGAGUGGUAUUACCGUUUGUCUGUUUUGCAAAUAAAGAUAAAAUUAAAGAACACUUUAAAAAUAUACACUAUAUAAUAUAUGUAUGUACACACACACAUUCUCUCUCUUGCCCAAGAGGAAGUGCAAAACUUUGAUUUAAGGAAAACUAAUAGAAAAUUGAACUUUACCAAAAAAAAAAAAAAGCCUGGUUGUUAUUACCCACUUUACAUAAGUUAGAGUUGAGUAUUUUAAAAACUAAUUCUGCUUAGUGAUUCAUUUUACAAAAAAUGGGAGAAAACAUCCUUUAGAAGUAACUGUAAUUGUCCAAAUGUAAUACUAUGUAUACUACCCUGGUUCCCUAUUUUUUCCCACAGACUUUCAAAACACUCAUUUAGUGUCCUUAUAAAAACUGUAGCUAAAAUGAUUAAAAUUCUGGCAAGAAGAUAACUGUGUGUAUGUAUUGGAAAAGUAGACAAUCACAUCUGAGAAUGUUUUGCAUAGUUUUCAAUCAACUAAAAUCAUUCUUUGAAUGUAGAUACAAUAUAUGGUUUUGCAGUGAAUUCUGAAUGGAAAAAAAUCAAGUUUGAAACUAAUGUGAAAUGUGACUUAGGAUCAUUUGAAUGAUAUAUAGAAAUACAGAUGUACAUAUUUUUAGGGGUAAAGACAAAAUUUAAAAGCAAAAUGGGAGGAAACAGCAUUGUCUCUCUCUAAUUGUCAACAAUAUAUCUUCUAAGUUUUGUUGCUACAAUAUCAGUUCUGAGUUACUCAACUUGUUUAUAUGUUACUUAAAUUAAUGUGGCUGAAUGCAGCUAUUGAUUCAAGUUGUGUAGUAGAAGAUUUCACAAUCUGCCAUCCUCCAGAGAUGAAUAUUAAAAAGAAAUUUUCUACUUUAGCAUAGGUAGAAUAAAGUGACUAGGUGAUGUAAUAGGAAGAAUUUUCUCCACAAUUGGAGAAACUCAGGCAAAUGAGUUGCAAGUCUAACCUGAGGGAAUGGAAUCGGCUUUUGGGAGAACUGAGCGUAGAUGACCUUGCUUGUAUGAGCUUUAUGCCCCUGGAAUUAGUCUUUUUGAAAUGUGACUGGUGAGUUUAAUGAAAAGGCAAAAUUUGUGAUAUUUCGAGACUCUUAAAAUUUUGUGUCAACCUCAAAUGGUGUCUAAUAUUAUAUCCCUAAAAUAAAAGACUUUUAUUUUAAUAGUGGUAUGUUCCAAGUGCCAUACGAAGAUCCUGUUUUUAAAUUUGUCAGACAUUUUUUCAUUCAGUGCAUACGUUUAAAUCUGAGUGCUGUUCUGCUGCAUGUCUAUUUUACCUUGUCAGUUCCCCUAAGAGCAUUUAAAGAAAAAUCUUCACUGACAUUUCUUGUGCUAAAGGUAAUAAGGAAAAUAGUAGUUGAGGGAUAUGAGAAUAGACUGAGGAGAAGGAGGAAGAUGACAAGUGGGAGCCAUGUGUCUGAGAUGCAUUUGUUGAAAUGAAAAGUCUACACUGGUUCAUAAAAUGAAAAACAAACCAUGUAUCUACCUUAAGAACGAUGUUUUGUUUUUAAUUUAUUUUAAUGAUUUAGUUUUAUUCAGGUAAUAUUUCUGUUUUUGCAGAUUGUUUUUAAAUUGUGGAGUUUUUACUUCUCUUGAAAUGUAUUAUGUACUGUAUUUUUAGAAAUCUUAUUUUUAAAUAAAUAUUU